AAUCGCUGCUUAAAAUCAAGUUUGGAACGUUUGCUAAGGGUUGGAAGGCGAUUUGAAGCACAAUAUUAAGUUAUGGCGGGCAAACGAGAGCUUGUGCUAGGUAUCUGUGCCCCGGGAAUUGUUGAGGUUCCGCCUGAUAAACCUCCAUCUAGACCUGUUGCAUAUGAGAUUGAUACAUCAGAUCAUUUUUACACUGAAAUGGCAACCCCUGACCGAGAUGAGUUGAUUAGAUGGGCUCGGGAGAUUGCCUUAAAGCUAAAGUUUGCAAUUGUAAUUGGCAAAUCCGACAACGGCAGCGAUAAGAGGAAGCAAUAUUUCAGGUUGGAUUGCGAGCGGGGAGGCCGGUACGUGUCAACAAAUAAGAAGCUAAAAUCUGAUCAAACCGGCACGAGGAAAUGCGGCUGUCCAUUUCGACUCCGUGGUUAUUGUCAUGCCGAUAAAACAUGGCAUUUGACCGUUGUAAAUGGCAAACAUAACCACGAGUUGGACAAGGCAGUUGAAGGCCAUCUCAUUGUCGGUCGUCUCAAACCGGAAGAAAGGCAAUGUAUGGAGGAAAUGUCAAGGAAUUUGGUUCCGCCUAAGAAUAUAAUGUCCACAUUGAAAGAUAGGGAUCCAAACAACAAGACAACGGCAAUAAUCCAUCCCUGA